UCUGCGGCGUCUGAAGACCGAGACGGCGGAGCGGAGCAGGCCGGUGCCGGUGCCGGGGAGGGUCAGGACGGGGAGAGACGCGGAGGGAAGACGGGCAGCGCGCGACCACCGGAGGGUUCAGGCCCGGGGCUGCAUGGCGAAACGGGGAGAAGGAGGAUUUGAUGGUCUGAAGGUGGAUCAGUUUCAUCGCCACAAAAGUCCCUCAGCAUUUUAAUGUUUUAUUUCAUUUGCGUUGAUUUCAAAUGCAUCGAUCAGGCCUGUAGUGUGUUUUUGUUUCAUCAUGCCUCUUGAUCUGGACUGUGACGCAGCGGCGAACAAAACGAGUCCAGAGGCGGAACAGGAAGUGUGUGAGGUCACGCAUGAAGAGAGAGUGACGGACACACCAACACGAAGAGUCGGACGACCCGCUCGUAAACGUAAAGCACCAGGAGUGAAUAGUUGUGGGCGUGUGAUUGAGGGCGUGGCCUGUAUAAAGAAGGAGGGGUGUAACGGUGAAGCAGAGCAUCGGGUUUCAAAGAAAAACCUGGAGCAGAGCGACUCCUCCCCUGACUCCACCCACCAGAACGGCACAGACACGCCUUCCGGAGCAGACGGAGACUCCGCCCCUUCCACUCCACGGAAGAAACGAGGGCGGCGGAAACUCCAGCACCCAGAGCGCCACAUUGAGGAGGACGACACCAGCAGCGAUACCAGCAGAGGAGAGAGCGACGGGGGUCGUCUGAGGGGCCGGCAGGGCUGGGACAUCAGUUUGAGGAGACGUCCCGUACAAAGAGAAACCUUCCAGGCCGGAGACCCCUAUCACAUCAGCCGCAGAGAGAAAGAAGAGUGGCUUGCCCGCUGGAGGAAGGAGAAGGUCAGAGAGACACCAGAAGAGGAGAAGUCCCAACUGGUGAUCACCAUGAGUGACAUAAUGGACGACCAAUCAGCUGUGGGCUCUCAGAAGGAGGAGGAGUCAGCUAUCAACCUUCCAUCCACACCCACACCUCAGCAGCAGCACACUGACCCCGCCUCCCCAACGGUCGCCACGACGCCCGAGCCGCCUCCCGUCGCCUGCGACAACAAAGUGAUGGCGAGAUCCUCAGAGAUGGAUCUUGAGUAUGAGGAUGGCCAUGGGUUCGGGAUCGGAGAGCUGAUCUGGGGGAAGCUGCGGGGAUUCUCCUGGUGGCCCGGCCGGAUCGUGUCGUGGUGGAUGGCAGGUCGCAGUCGGGCCGCUGAAGGCACCCGCUGGGUCAUGUGGUUUGGAGAUGCCAAAUUCUCAGUGGUGUGUGUGGAAAAGCUGUUGCCCUUGAGCAAAUUUGACAAGUCUUUUCAUCAGCCCACCUACAACAAACAGCCCAUGUACAGAAAAGCCAUCUAUGAAGUUUUACAGACGGCGGGUAUGCGUGCCGGUAAACCGUUCCCUGUGUGUGUGUCCACCGAUGACCCGGACAUAUCGAACAGUGUUGAAGUGCACACGCGGCAGAUGAUUCAAUGGGCCAACACUGGGUUUCUCCCUUCUGGUGCCAAAGGCCUGGAGCCGCCACCAGCGGAGCAGAGUCCAUAUACUGAGGUAUAUCCAGAGAUGUGGGUGGAGCCUGAGGCCGCUGCGUACACGGCUCCGCCCCCUGCCAAGAAACCCAGGAAAAACAGUGUCGAGAAACCCAAAAUCAAAGAGAUUAUUGAUGAAGGAACCCGAGAGAGACUCGUGUAUGAAGUCAAACAAAAGUCUCGCAAUAUUGAAGAUAUUUGUAUUUCCUGUGGAAGUCUGAACAUAGCACUAGAACAUCCUCUGUUUAUCGGAGCCAUGUGCCAGAGCUGCAAGAACUCUUUCCUGGAGUGUGCGUAUCAGUACGACGAUGACGGUUAUCAGUCAUACUGCACCAUCUGCUGCGGAGGACGAGAAGUGCUCAUGUGUGGGAACAACAACUGCUGCAGGUGUUUCUGUGUGGAGUGUGUCGAUCUGCUCGUGGGGUCCGGAUCCGCACAGGUCGCUAUCCGCGAAGACCCCUGGAACUGCUACAUGUGCUGCAGCAGGAACGACUCGGGCCUCCUGAAGCGCAGAGACGACUGGACCUCACGACUGCAGCUGUUCUUCGCCAACAACCACGACCAGGACUUUGAACCAACAAAGUUGUAUUCACCAAUGUCAGCAGAGAAGAGGCAGCCAAUCAGAGUGCUUUCUUUAUUUGAUGGCAUCGCUACAGGGCUGCUGGUGCUGAAGGAUCUGGGCAUUCAGGUGGAGCGGUAUGUGGCGUCAGAGGUGUGUGAGGACUCCAUCACGGUGGGGAUCGUGCGACACCACGGACAUAUCAUGUAUGUGGGAGACGUCAGGAACAUCACACGCAAGCAUCUUCAGGAGUGGGGGCCGUUUGAUCUCGUAAUCGGUGGAAGCCCCUGUAACGAUCUGUCCAUCGUCAACCCUGCCAGGAAAGGCCUGUUCGAGGGCACCGGGCGUCUGUUCUUUGAGUUCUACCGGCUGCUUCAUGAAGCGCGACCAAAAGAAGGAGACGAGCGACCAUUCUUCUGGCUGUUUGAAAAUGUCGUCGCCAUGGGAAUCAGUGACAAGAGAGACAUCUCACGCUUUCUGGAGUGUAAUCCAGUAAUGAUCGAUGCUAAGGAGGUGUCUGCUGCACACAGAGCUCGAUACUUCUGGGGAAACUUACCUGGAAUGAACCGUCCUCUGACUGCCAUGAUGAAUGAUAGACUCGAACUGCAAGACUGUCUGGAAUAUGGACGCACAGCUAAGUUCGGAAAAGUGCGAACCAUCACAACUCGCUCAAACUCAAUAAAACAGGGCAAAGACCAGCACUACCCCGUCUACAUGAACAAUAAAGAGGAUAUCCUGUGGUGCACGGAAAUGGAGAGAGUUUUCGGCUUCCCCGUCCAUUACACAGAUGUGUCCAACAUGAGUCGUCUCGCCAGGCAAAGGCUUCUGGGAAGGUCGUGGAGCGUGCCUGUGAUUCGCCACCUCUUCGCUCCGCUAAAGGAAUACUUUGCCUGUUACUGAAGCUCCACCCACCACACAUCAUGAUGGCGUCGUGACAUCCCUCCUCUUCUUUUCCUGCAUAUCCAAUAAGUUCCACCUUCUUGUGGUCUUCAUUUUUGCUUGUGGCCUCUGAAUGGCUGGUGCUAUCCUAAUAUUACUAUUCAACCCACUAGACAGUCACAUUUCAGAUAUUUAUUUGAAAACAUUACUGAGUCCAGAUUUUUGAUUUUCUUGUAUUUUAUUGUCCGUCGUUUUAGUUUUUUUUGU